AUGCUGUUAAGGAUAAGUCUAAUCCUGAUAUAUCUGCUUGAGUGUGUAUCUGUGGAAGAGAAAGAAAGCGAAUUUCAACAAAAUGGUGGUGUCUUUGUUUUGAAUGAGAGAAAUUUCAUGUCCUUCCUUCAGCAACAUCCAACAGCACUAGUAGAAUUUUAUGCUCCCUGGUGUGGCCACUGUAAAGCGCUGGCACCGGAGUAUGCAAAGGCUGCUAAGAAACUGAAGGUGCCAUUGGCUAAAGUGGAUGCUACCGUUGAAACAAAACUUGCAGAAACUUACAACAUCGAAGAAUUUCCAACACUAAAAUUUUGGCAAAAUGACAAAGAUCCAAUCGUUUACGAUGGAGGAUUAGAAUCUAACGAGAUUAUACAGUGGGUUUUGGAGAAAACAGAUCCCACUUAUAAGGCACCUCCGCUAGCUGUUGCGAAAUUAACGAAAGAAAAAUUUAGUGGAUUUAUCACUUUACACCAACUCGUAUUAGUCAAAUUCUAUGCGCCAUGGUGUGGUCAUUGUAGGAAACUCGCACCUGAAUAUGAAAAAGCUGCGAGAAAAUUAAAAAGUGCAGGUAUAAUGCUUGCAGAAGUGGAUUCUACAGUUGAGAAGAGUUUAUCAGCGGAAUUUGAUAUCACUGGCUAUCCAACAUUGUACAUCUUCCGAAACGGAAAGAAAUUUGAUUACAAAGGACCUCGUGAUACAGAGGGUAUUGUGAAACACAUGCUUGAACAGGCUGAACCUGCUUUAAGAAAAAUUAACAGUGUGAAGGAGGCUCAGCAUUUUAUGCGCAAAGAUGAUAUAACAGUCAUUGGUUUUUUCAGUGAUGGAAAAGCAGAACUACUGGAAUCUUUAAGUGAAGCAGCUGAAAUGGUGCGAAAUGAUUUCAGUAUUGCUGUUUGUUUGCAAGUGAACACUAAAAAAUAUUUUAAAAUUGAUUCUGACCAAAUAGUUAUUUUUUUCCCUGAAAUAUACUGGAGCAAAUACGAGUCGAAGCAAAUUGUUUACCAAAAGGAGGAUGGUACUGUGGAAGAUUUGGUAAGAUUUUUUCAAGAAAAUUCAACACCUCUUGUGGGUCAAAGAACCAAAAAAAAUGUUGCCACCAGAUAUACUAAACUCCCUCUUGUUGUAAUUUAUUAUAAUAUUGACUUCUCAGUAGAAUAUCGCGAAGGAACACAAUACUGGAGGAAAAAGGUGUUAGAUAUUGCAAAUGAAUAUAGGAAACAUAAGUAUCAUUUUGCAAUUUCAGACGAAAGCGAGUUUGCAGAUGAGCUUAUAGCGGUGGGAUUGGGUGACAGUGGGCUUGAGCAUAAUGUUUUAGUUUUCGGUUAUGAUGGUAAAAAGUACCCGAUGCGUCCGAAUGAAUUCGAUGAUGAAUUAUCUGAGAAUUUACAAGCUUUCAUGAAAAAACUAUCUUCAGGUAAAAUAAAACCUUUUAUGAAAUCUGCGCCAUUGCCAAAAGAUAAUAAGGGUCCAGUGAAAACUGUCGUUGCAUCAAAUUUCGCUCAGGUUGUGUUUGAUGAAACGAAGGAUGUGCUGAUGGAGUUUUAUGCACCGUGGUGUGGGCUUUGUAAGGCAUUCGAGUCAAAAUACAAAGAGUUGGCAGUGAAAUUAAAAAGUGAAUCAAAUUUGCUACUUGUAAAAAUUGAUGCAACAGCCAAUGAUAUUCCGAAGAAUUACGAUGUGAGUGGUUUUCCAACAAUUUAUUUUGCACCAGCUGGUAAAAAGAAGGAACCAAUCAAAUACAAAGGAAAUCGUGACUUAGAUGACCUCAUUAACUUCAUGAAAAAGCAUGCCUCUAUUUCGUUUCGAAGUAAAAUCGAAUUGUAG